UUUUAUAAAAAAAAAGUCACCCUGAGAUGGCAGGGGUCUUUCUAUGUUCACAAACGUGUGGAUUUGGGAAGGUUAUAGCAUUGCAGGUGGCCAGGGAGGUCGAAAAGGCAUUACCGAGAGAAAGUGGUGAAAGCACUACAAAGUACAAUGCGAGAGUAAAGGGGGAGCAGUACAGAAAGUACAGGAGCUAUUUCCCACCACAAGUAACAGGGGAUGCUUUUGAUAUCGAGUUCCUUAAAUUCCAUAGAAAGCUGCCUGGUUUGAGGAAUGCCAUGAACAAAUGGAACACCAGAAAAGCUGAGGAAAAAUCAAAGUUUAUGGAGACUUUCUCUAGAGAGAAAUGGCAAGGUUUAUCUGAAAAUAGAAGAAAGGAACAUUCAUUUCAGAACUGUAAAGCCUGUGCAAUCAGAUACACAGAGGUUAUGUCAUACUUCCCAGUCACCUCAAAUUUCUUCAAGGGGAAAGCAAAGCAAAAUAUUAUAUUUGCCGCUAACAACGAGGCUCAGCGUCUGCGAAAUGCAACCCCUACUGUAAAAGCACGAAAACGUGAUGCUACAAAUGUUGCAAGAGCUCUCUUUGAGCAAUAUGAGGAAAGUUUCCAAGAACAGUACCAGUGUUCACUUGCCAGUGCCCUGUCAUCUGUUCCAGGGAUAAACUUGCAACACAAAACUGAAAAUGACAAGAGAAAUGAACGACGCCGCAUUUACACUUCAUCAAAAGAAAAUGUAGAAAACCAAAUGAAAGAGACUGCAUUUUUGAGAUGUUAUGGAAGUGGACAGUCCAUUAGAGGAUGGGAGCGUGGGCGUAGAGCAUUGUCGUUUGAGCCAGCAAACACUGCAAGAGAAAGAAUGGAUGAGCCUAACAAGAAAAAGAGAAAAAAAGACCACACCGGGGACAUGGAGAGGAUGGGAUGGGACAAGGCCGGGCUUAAAGCAGAGGUUGAGGCGUACCAGGGUGGUCAUCUUAUCAAUUACAGUGCUCUAGCUAGGAAGUAUAAUGUGACAGACAGCAGUGGACAAGUUGCACUUAACGGCGGACAGAUUGUGAAGGAGUGGCUAGUGAGAAACGGAGUAGAUGUUGACCGGUUUAGUACCAAACGCAAAAACCCCAUGGAUCCAGUAAUUAGAAGAAGGAAAAGGAGAGGGCAAGGGGGAGAGAUCAGCAUACCCUGUGAGCCAGACAAGAAAACACUGAAAGCACAGCUAUUGCAGAAGAUCCACACAAAGGAGUACAGUAUAGGAGAACGGAUUGUACCACGAAAGUAUGAAAAGCUUAUCCUUACAAAGGAUCUGAAAAUAAAAAAAGAGGAUGUCUAUACUGAUGGUAGAAAAAUGCCCCUUGCCAAUAUCCGAAGGACAAUGUUAAAAAAACAGGAGAAGUUUCUCCGGGGGACAACAGAGGAAGGAAUAGCAGAGCUUACAGCAGAACAGCUAAGAACAAGGCUUUUGCAGAUCAACGAGUAUGUGGAUGGUAUGGCAGUCCCAGACAUGAGGGAGAAGCUAAAAAGCCAUGAAAGAACAAGGCAUCUGAUGGUAUGGCUAGAUAACUCAACAGUUGCUAACUCUGGAUAUCUGGUGUGCCUUAUGACCUGUCUUUAUGACAAGGCAGUGUUCCUUACAGAUGAGGAGUAUGCUGCAAAAUAUGGAAGAAGGGUUAAAGUUCGCUUAUGAUCAAACCGCCUAGAAAGCGGUAAAUUUGCUAGAUCCUAAGCAAGAUACCUAAUCUAAGCACUGGUCUAGUCAGAUUGCUGUAAAUGAUAGUGGAACCAUGUAGAAAUUUUCAUUAAAUAUUGUAGGUUUA